ACUUACCAAUUCUCCAUCCAAUUUUCCCGCUAUUUCUUCUACCACCUUAGCUCGAAGCUGGAAAUUUUAUCGGGAAAGUGACAGUGCAGUGCCCCCAAAGCUUCUCCCUUUUCAGCUCAAUGAACUCUCGCGAGCUCGCUCUGGUCUCCACGGCCACUGUUUUCGGUGCCUUGGCCUCUGCGCUCGCUUGCCGCUUCUUACUUUCAAACCCUAAAAAGCAGUCUCCCAAGCUUGAUUCGUCAGAAAACGGCGCCGUCCCCAGGAAAUACUCUUCUCAGAGCCCAUUUGACCCCUCAAAACGCAAAGGAUAUUUGUCAUGGGAUGAUUAUUUCAUGGCAAUUGCAUUUUUAUCAGCUGAAAGAUCCAAAGACCCUAACAGGCAGGUUGGAGCAUGCUUGGUGAGUGAAAAUGGUGUAAUUCUUGGAAUUGGGUAUAAUGGGUUCCCAAGAGGUUGUUCGGAUGACAAGCUUCCUUGGGCAAAGAAAUCCAGAACUGGGGAUCCUUUGGAGACAAAGUAUCCUUAUGUUUGUCAUGCUGAAGUCAAUGCUAUCCUAAACACCAACCAUGCUUCUGCUGCUGGACAGAGGCUUUAUGUGACCAUGUUCCCCUGCAACGAGUGUGCCAAAAUAAUCAUUCAGUCAGGAGUCUGUGAAGUUAUAUAUUUUGUGGAAAAGCGGUUAAAUAAUCCAGAUGUUGCCUACAUUGCUUCUCACAAACUACUUUCAUUGGCUGGUGUGAAAGUCAGGAAACAUCAACCACGCAUGAACCAAAUUUUGAUCAAUUUUGAGGAGCCCUAGAGUUUGAUUCUUAUUUUAUACGAAGCCUAAUUCAUCGUUUGUAUCGUCUGUUACCAUAAACUGAUCAAACCGAGUUUGUUGCUCUUAACAACUUUCCCCUGGUUGUGUAUGCAUCUAGUAUUAGGCUGUUGUCUCUUGAGUCAUGUAAUAUUUUCCCCUUGUAAACUCUGGUCUGCUUACAUGUUUGACUGUAAGCUUUUGUGCUUUCUUAAAUUCUAUGAAUUCGCACGACACCAAGAAACCCCAUUGUUAUCUUCUGAUAGGAGUAAUUGUCAACAUCUGAUUUAAUCAU